AUGGCGGAGGCCGCCCGCACAGUGCGACAUUAUGUCAGUGAUUGUCUUCAGGAGCGUCACCCAUACGACGUGGAGAAGGGUUUUGCCGGCCGUCCCAACCGUGACAUUGGACUCGUUUACAAUGGAUUACAACCCCACACCGCUGGGGAUUGGAUUGCCAGUCUCAGUGACCCUGCGGUGGGCUCCCUGCAGCGUCGGCGUGCAGUCCGACUGUUGAUUGCUCACUCCGCCUCGCAGGAGGCGAAAAUCAAGCUGUUGAGGAUGAAUGUCGUUCCAGCUGUUGUGGCCGCGCUCAUCACUACGCCAUGUGCUGAGUUUGAAUGCCAGGUGUUCGCGCUGCUGCGCUCCCUGUGCAUAAUUUCACAGGGAUGCCACGUAGUCAUGGAAGAAGGUGGAUUAGAGGCUGCAAUUCGUUCUAUUCAAGACCGCAGAAAUUUAGCUGAGCGUGCGGAGGCUCGGGCGGCUGCAGCGCAGGUACUUUAUCAGAUUAGCUUCAAUGCUGCUGGUGUGCGAUGGUUAUUGGGGGCGGAGGUGCCUCCAGGUUUCGAGCUGAUGGACCCGAUUCCGAGUUCUUCUAAAUGUGUUUUUGGGAAGAAAGAUGUGAUAGCAGCCCUUGUGUUUAUUCUGGAAAACGAUUCCGCAACCAAUCGCAAGAUGUUUCUGCAUGCGGUGACAUGCUUGGGGCAGCUGACCACACAAACAGAAGGUAUUUUCGCAGCGAUGGAAGGAAGGGCGGUUCAUGCUGUCUCGUCGCUUUUGCACGGAUACGUGGAAAAUGGAUUUGAUUCGUCAGAUGACGAUGUUGUAUCUGCUCUUUUGGUGGUCGUAACCAAUGUCUCACUUGAGCAAACUGGUGUUGAACUUGUAGAUGAGCUUAACACUCCAACUGAUGUAUGCACUCUUGUAGGUAAAUACUACUCAGAUCCACAACCAGCCAGUUACCCACUGCUUCGUUCACUCACUAGUGCGUUGUCAGCAGUGUACAAGUUGCUUUCCAUGAAGAUGAAUAGCAUGACGGUCCUGACUAAUGGUUUCUCACGGAUUUUGGUGAUUUACAAGUUCCUUCACAAAAUCAAUGACGUGGUCACAGCAGCGAAGCACGCCGGGCGGGAGCCACAUCCCGACGUAAUUGCGAUAUCAAAGAAUCUUGUUUUGAGCACUCACUUUGCCAUGGAGGUGAAGGACGUGCGGACUUUUACGCACUCUUACUUGAGCAAGUUAGAUAAAAAGGAGGCCUUUUACUUUAGACGGCAGCUAUUUUAUUCUACGCAAUGGGAGGGGGAGUUUGACGCUGCAGUGUAA